AUGCCACCAAGGCCAGCUAAAAAAGGCUCAGCCAAAAAGCCCAACGCUGCUGGAGUUGUCAACAAGAAUUGGGAGGCUGGUCUCAUCAGAGCACAGUUUGAAGAGGAGUCAUGGCAGGCCUUUGUGUCCAUGGUGGUUGGGGCAAGUCCAGAAGAUGAAGAACUGAUCCAGGCUUUGUCCUUGGCCGUACUGCAACCUUUACGCAAACUUUUCAGCUUGUUGACCUGGGACAACACCCUUGCAAAAAUCAAUGAAUUGGGGAAUCCCAAAGUGAAAAAAACUGAUGACAUCCCUUCAUUCUAUGAGGUUACAGAGCCUGCUAAGGCACUGCUGGAUGCAGGAGAGGAGAUUCCCUGUGACCUGAUGGCAAAAAUACUGAAAUUCCAGCUGCUACAGAUCAAAGCCAGUGAUCAGCGGAGGAGGGAAGCCGAGCAGGCAAAGGAGAGGGCAAAGGCUGGCCAUCCCCCUGCCAGCAAGGACAAAGGAGGGCCCAAGGUCUCUGACAAAAAGGGGAAGGGUCCAACCUCACCUGUGGGACCUUCCAAAGAGAAGAAGACCAAGCUCAAGCGCAGGGAUGAUGUUGAACCACCAAAGUUCAUAGAUGAUGAACCAGAGGAUGGUCCUCAACACUACAUCCUGGUCCUAGGCUUCUGCCAGCCCCACCUGAUUGGGGCACUUGAUGCCAUAGGUGUACAUGUAUCCAAUGUGAUCAAAUUGUGUUCAGAGCACAGACAAACUUCUGAGGGGCAGCAGGAACAACACUCCUGUGAGGGCAAUGAGCAGAGCCUGAGAACAUCUCCAGUUUUAGAUGCAGGUAAAGAGCCUUUAGCCAGGAAGUUGGAUCUGUUCUGGUCAGGACUGAGACCAGUUUUGGACAGUGGGCCACAGGAAACCAAGCUCCAUGAUGUGGCUCAGCUCAGCUACACUGUCCUCUUGUCUCAGCACCCUGAGGCUGAUCAUGAGAUGGGAAGCAAAAUCUUCGAGGGUGUGGCCAGUCUCAUCUAUGACUGUCUGGACUGGCGCAGGCAACAUCAGCACUACCUAGACAACAUCAAACUCAUCAGCAUACCCACUGUUGUUGGGUUGGAUCCACAGCCUACAGAGGUUGUGCCGAGCCCUCUCCCCAUGACUCCACGCUCCAAGAAGAAGUUGGUGUGUGAGGAAAGCCAUCCAGACCAAGAGACCGAGCAGCCUCCCCUCUCUACAGAUGUGGACAUGCGUUACUAUCGCAACCUACUUGACUUGGUCCCCCCUGAAGCCUGCUCGGUGCCUCUAAUCUUGCACUCUAUGCUGGAACAGGUUGUGAUUUCAGCUGAUCAGUCUUCACCCACCCCGUCCCAUGUGGCUGAUGAGUCCAAACCUCACACUGGUCUCGCAUUAGACAAUCAACUGGUCAGCUUCAUGCUCCAAAGUUUCCUGCCUCUGAUGCAUACAGAAGAGGAGAGAAGCCACUUGUUAAGUAGCUUGCUGACUAUAGCACAAAAUGAAGAGGACAUGAAGAGUCAAGUGAAGACGUUUGGAGCAGAGGAGAUUCACAAGAAGUCUGAGCAGCCUCUGGUUAUCAGACACCAUAGUGAGAGGGCACUGCGCCUGAGGGAUAUCAGUGCAACUCAGGGUUUUGAGCCAGCAGAGGUGGAGUUGUCCAUGAUGAAGCUGUCUCCAGUGUGGGAGCUGAUCCACUCUGGAGCUCAGCAGAGAAACAGCAUCUCCUGCUGGAUGGCAAUCAAACAGCAGCUACAACACUACUGCACAGAUGAUGUUGUGUCAUGGCUGGAGGUGGAGCGUUUGUUUCAUCAGAGUGUGUUUGAGAGUAUGCCACUGACCAGGCUGGACCAAAAAGGUGUACUACUGAAUGCUCCUGGACCACUGAGAACAGUGGAACCAUCACAGCAACACCAGCAGACACCUACAAUAAUCCCCUGGGACAACCCACUAUCCUAUGCUAAACAGCAGCUUAAUAACCUACGAACCAAAGGUCCGACAUUUCUCACUGAAGAUCCUGGAAAGACAGAGCAGAGCAGUGGGAGAGUGUGUAGCCAGCUGCAAUUAUCUGACAUUCAGAGCUGUAGGCUGAGAUCUCUGUUUGACUGGCACCAUUCUGAACACCACAAUGCCUCUAUCUUCCCACAGGUACUCCAGUUAGCCUCAGAAGAAUACCGCUGUUUGGACACUUUCAGAGGAAGUCAUGACAACAUCCUGUACAUUUUCUGUCACAAUCCAAUGAGCCCUUAUCACCAGUGUAAGGAGUUCUGGGAUGUAACCCUUCACACUGAUGUCAAAUUCAGGAAGUACCUGGAGCAUGUUGCAGAUAGUAUUUCAGGUUGGACAAAGGAGGAGGAAUUAAAGAGAGAGGCAUUGCAGCUCAGAAAUCUCAGCCCAGCUGAGUCACCAAAAGAUGAAAAGACUACAGAUUCUGCAGAGGAGGAGGACACUCUGGAGCCAGUCAUCAGAAAAGACUCCCUUAAAGCCUGGAAGUUGGAGCAGGAGCGACUAAAGGAGGAGGAGAUGGCCAAGAAAUCAAAGAAAGAGAAUACAGCGAAAGGCAAGCAGCAGCAGGAGGAGGCUAAGUCGACAGAUAACAAGAAAAGCAAACCUUUGUCUGGCAAGAAGAGCAGAGCAGAGACAGCGAGCAGCUCAGCCAAGACUCCCACACGGGACUCCAUUACUGCCACAGCGCCCCCUGUGGCAGAAAACAGAGAACUACCUCACACAGAAGAACCCUUCAAUGGUUUCACAGGCUACAGCAUGAAUGGAAAGUUGAUCCAUGUGUCAGGUCGCCUCCAGUACCUUUUCCCUUCAGAUGGAGGACAUAUCACUGUGGAGAAUGUCAGCUAUGUUGAAGGCUCCAGCCUGGUGAAAGUGGCUGUGAGGAAGGAUGGGCAUCAUUUCUACACACACAUCAACCAAGUUGUUGUUGAUCCAGCAAAACCUCCCUCUCAGCCCCAAGCCAAAAAAACCAAUGACAAAAAAGAAGAUUACAAAGUGUCAGAGCCUGUGGUGAUGAAAAGAGUGAAGCAGGGCUCCCUCUCAGCAGUGUUAGACAGUGGAAUACACCUCUCAUACAGUUUCUAUGGUCCCACGGGAGAAUACAUAGUAAGUCCCCAGGAAACAGAAGGAGGGGCCCCAGGGACCUCCACCUUUGUCCCUAUCCCUCUCUCCUCCUCCACCCACCGCUCCAUGGGGACAGACCUUGAAUCAGUUCCCUCCAAGACACACAGCCCAUCCGUCCACACCAGACCUCCAGAGUCCCAGGUUCCACAUAUGCACAUAGAUGCACAGAAGAAUAUAUGUGUAUAAACAUCUAAGGUGUGUGACGGCCAGCCGUUCAACAGCCUCAGUCUGUCUGUUCCCAAUGGCCUACUGCUGCAGUUUCUGCGAGAGGAUACACAAGGAGUGUCCUCAGAAGAGCAGGGUAUGUUGGUUAAACAGGGCUUUCCUCUACAUGGUAUGGGAGUUGUGGGGCAGCUUCAGGACCCUUCCCUCUCCAAAGAACUCUCCCGCAUUGUCACCAGCCAGGGAGCUGUGAUCCGAUACAUGAGAGACGGGUCCACAGAGGUUCUGUUUGCAGAUGGUUCAGUCAGUUUCAGUCAGGAUUCUGGUCCAGUGUGGGUUCCUGACUCUGAAGUUGAGAGGGAAAACACCUCUCAAGAAACUGAGGACAACAAGAAAGAACAGAGUUCAGACAAGGAGGCUGAUGCUCAGAGAGGGUGUUGGUUAACUACAACUCCUUGUGGAGCGCGCAUCUACACUGUGGGGACCAAACACAAGCACAUACCCACCACGCCUCUUCUCGCCUUCAAGGCUACAGACCCCAUCACCAAUGAGGUGAUGCUGAGCCGGGAGGAUCUGGUGGUUUCUGUCCAGAACCCAGACAGAUCUCUAAGUAUUGAACAUGCAGACGGAACCAGGAUUACCACUCUGUACCAAGACAGACCAUCAAACACAGUGCAAAACAUACCGCUGCACACAGGGGAGCAGCCUGAGAGUGUGACCCCUGAAUCAACUUCUGGAUGUACAUGCGGCUGCACUGAGUGUGUGUGUGUCACACGCUGUGCAGACAGCAUUAAUGACAAUGUGCACAUCCAGGAUAUUUAUGACAAUGGAGAAGAGAUAAGCAGUGACUGGGCAGGGAAAGUGUGCAAAGAGGAGGCUGCUGGAUACACUUGUGCAAAGUUGAAUGAGUAUGAGCAUGCAUAUGAUAAAAAAGAAAGUAGCGUGUAUAAAAAUGGUGAGGAGAGUGUGUUUGUGGCUGAGAAUAGCAAGAGGAGUUCAUAUGAGAGUGACAAGGAGAGUGUGUCUACCAAAGAGCGGGUGGUGUUGGUGGAGAAGGAGGGCUGUGCCACAGUGGUGAUGUACCCAGAACAGCACACGGCUCAUGUCUUUUUAGCCGACGGAGCUGUCAUCACUGGGAACAACCAAGGAGCCUAUCAGGUGUUCCCAUCCAGUGUGGGGCUCCUGCAGAUCCACAGUGAUGGCAAGUGUGUGUACUCAUCUGACCCACUUUUAACCCCGAGCCCAAAGGGUGGCACUCCCGCAAACCAACCAGGAAGCUACACCAUGAGUCACACAGACGAAGUGGCCUGUGACAUCACAGACCCCGAUGGGAACCACUUCCAGGUGAUGGAAGAUGGGCAGUUAUCAGUGUUGAACUUAAGUCCUGCUCCAAGCACACUGAAACAGGAUGAAGAGGAGCCAGAGGAGGAAGAGGACAGAGAAAUGGCCAGGAUUAAUGCAAAACACAGAGAACAUUGUCCCAGGCUGUUUCUGGUACACGAGGAUGGCUCAGGUACUGAACUACUGAGCUCUAAAACUAUAGAGGAACUGCUCUACAAGGCAUACUCUGACCCUACCGUAGCACUGCUGAAGGAACCACUGCCAGACACUCAAGAUGAGUUCGGCAUUACCAUCCUAAAGCCCAGCCACCGGAGCGUGUGGUCCCAGUGGCUGCUUGGGAAACAGAACCCUGACAUCACCCCUCCCAACCUCAGAAACCGCAGCUGGCAUGACUUCCCUGGAACAGAGAAGAAGAGCCCAGGUCCUCCAUUAGGUACCAACAUGGGACGUGGUUUGACUCUGAGAGAGACGUCUGGCGGUUGCGCAACACAGCGUCAGCCUGUCAGGAGCUGCCCCAAAGUCCUUGAGAUGAGGGAACUGUACCAGCACCGACCAUUCACCACACCACUCAAAAAUACUGUGGACACACGACUGAAGGAAUACAUAGAGAGUUUGAUGGAGAGGGAGCAGCGGUCACAGGAGAUGAAAGUUAAAGACCCUCGCUCUGAGGAGGAGAAUGUUCAUGCCAGUGAGCUGCUCAACCUGGUCCUGUCCUUUGCAGAAGAAGAGGGUGCAAGUCAUACCUUUGACAAGAGGACUUCAGUGGACAUAGUCAAUCUGUAUAGCCAAGGAGUUGAUGCCCAUUUGGAUGUUUCACAAGACACAGCCACAGUAACGAGUGACAGUUUUACCAGUGGAAGAGAGUCAAAAUGGACUGAAAGACUUGCACAGCACAGACAGGAGAUAUAUGAGGAGCAGGCAUAUAGAGACGCUCUGAGGAAGAAGAACGUUGUUCCUUUUUUCCACCCAGAAAAUAUGUCAUUAUACCAGAACCUGCUACGACUCCAAACACCAGACAUGAGGAGUCUAUCUAUGGAUCUCCCUCCGAUCCCCAAGUCAGACAGUGCUGAGGCCUUCCUGAAAGAUGCCCCACAAGACAACACUCCACGACCCUUAAACCCAACACCCUCUCAAUCUGCAAGUCAUGCAGCAGGAAGUGAUGGGAGGCUUCAAAAAAGACCCACCAACCCCACACCUCAGACUGCUGGAUAUAUGUCUUUCUGUGCGUGUGUGUGUGCGUCCUUGCCAGGUGAAAGCGGUCUGAGGGGUUCAUCUGGGCAAUGUAAGUCAGUCCAGGUAGAUGUGACUGGAAAGCCCAGGAGGACUAAAGUCAGACUACCAGCCUCGAUCCUCAGCUCUAAACCCUGCAGUGUACCAAAUCGACAGUUCCUGUCGGUGGAAGAGCCGGUGAGGAGGAAGUGUCGAACUAUUUCUCUGACCGAUCCAAAUGUCGUAGUGAGGGGAUUCCAGCUCCUCCCCUCCAGUGUUGACUUUGGUACACUGCAGGAGGGCACCUCCUCGGCCAUUACUGUGAGGAUGAAGAAUGUAGGUGUCGACACCUGCAGAUUCCAUGUGAAACAGCCUCCUCCUGCGACAGGCCUCCGGGUCAUCUACAAUCCUGGACCUGUGGCUGCAGGUCUGCAUGUCGAACUGCAGGUUCAGUUGUUUGCCAUGAGUGCAGUCCAAGCAGGACAGGUAGAGCCAAAGAAGCACAUCUCCCAGGAUGUUAUCAUCCACACUGAGACGGACAUCCUCUACCUCCCUGUCACUGCUACCAUCCUUCCUCAGAGGUUAUAUGAUAUUUGGCUCAAGGACCACAAAAGUACAUGCAAGAAGAAAGCCUCCAGAGUCCGUCAGCUGUCUUCCAGCCUACCAGGUGGCUGGGGGGGCCAUACAGCCACACAAACAACCCAGUACCCUGCAGACCAGUCCUUAAGCAAGCAUGGACACCCUGAUCGUACCACUAGUCUGUGA